CGGGGUCCGGGGGCGGCGGGCGCGACGCGCGCAGUUGGGGCUUCGCAGGCGGGCAGGAUGGGGCGCAGCGCGGGGAUGAUCCUGAUGGCCGCGAUGGUGCUGGGCGCCGCCGCCGAGGCGCUGCCAGACGACUGCUACCUGCCCAAGGUGGUGGGACGCUGCCGGGCAGCCUUCCCCCGCUGGUGGUUCAACGCCUCCAGCCAGGCCUGCCAGGAGUUCAUCUACGGCGGCUGCCGGGGAAACGCCAACAAUUUUGUCUCGGCCGACAAGUGUCGCCAGAUCUGCGCUGCAGAUGGCGGCCAGGGGGGCACAGAGGGAGAAGCAGCGGCACCCACCAGCAAGGCUGCAUCCAGAUCCGGCCACCUCCGUCUGCCAGGAGAUGACCGAAAGGGCUUCCAAGAGUUUUGCGCUGCCCCCCCAGAGGUUGGGCGCUGCCGCGGAGCCUUCCCUCGUUGGCACUUUGACCUGGAGACCCGGACCUGCAAGAUGUUCAUCUUUGGCGGCUGCGGGGGCAACAAGAACAACUAUGACUACGAGGAGCACUGUCUCCAGUGCGCCAGAGACGGAGAGUUAACGGAAGAGCCGUUGGAACCCAGGCAGCACAGCCACCUCUUCCCGGACCCCAUGAUCCACUCCACCAGAGCGGUGGUGCUGGCGGUGCUUCUGGCCCUGAUGGCGGCUGCCCUGCUGGGCUCCAUGGUGCUCUUCCUGGUCAAGAUCUGCCGGAAGAACCCGCAGCUCAGCUUGGGGCCGGUCUGGAGCACCCUAGACGACAAGGAGUACCUGAUGAGCAACGCCUACACCCUCUGAGCCCCAGGGGCAGGCGGGCUCCCUCUGGCCGGCUGGGGCUCCAGCUGCAUGUAAAUAAUGGAGGCGAGGGGCUCUCCCCCUGCCCUACCCGCCCCCUCUCUGGGGCCAGCUUUGUAGAACACGUUUGGAUCAUAAAUCUCUCCCAGGGAGGGGGCUCCUUUCUCGUGACGCUGGUUGUCUCUCCAAGUUUGCUCGCCCCUUCUCUUCUAAGCACAGCCGCCGGGAGCAGGAACACGGUCGGGGGGCGGGGGGGGCUCUAUCUGGGACCCCACCUCCCCGGAAAGGUUGCUUGGAGCAGGGGGGAGGCCUGUGCCCCAAACAUGGGAGGGAAGGGCACCUGGGCAAAUGCAAUAACCUAAGGUACACGGCCUGCCCCUCUCCCCCCAUUUAUCACAGCCGCCCUCCUCAAUGCCAGUGCAAGUGGGGGGGGCAGCUCCCCACCCUUGGGAUCCGCUGCUGUUCCCAGAUUCCCGUGGGUCUGAUCUGUGGGAGAUGCACAACGCAGGCGGUGAAGCCCAUUCGUUACAGCGGGUGGUGGUUUUUUUGGGGGGGCACAACGCUGGAGUCCCCGACUCUCUGAAGCUGUGACUCCUCACUGCAGGGUAGAGAUAUGAAGGUUGAGAGGGAGAAAUUGGCCAGGCGGGGGCCCUCUUCUCCCCCCCCCCAGUGGUACGAAAUUUUGCUUUGUAGGGCAGGGAGCGAAGCGUCUCCCACUGAAUGUUCAUACCCCUGCCCCAGUCUUCACAGCGCUGCCUCUGAGAGUUGGGGGGGGGGAGGUCAAAGUCUCUGUGGGGUCAGGAAUGCCCUGCUUCUACCUGGGCGCAGUCUUUGCUGCAGGGAGCGGCCUGUGUUUUUGUGGACCUUGCCGUCUGUUUUAUGGCCUCUUGCUGCGAGGGGGUGGGAAGGGACAGCGGCUGCUGUUUCUGCUUCCAGGGAGACUCCAGCCAUUUCUCACACCCCAGACAGACCCCCCCUGGGUGUCCCUGAGCCCCACAAGCCAAGUUUGGCCACAGGUGCUCUGCCUGCCCGGAAGGGGGCUGGCCCUGGCCCUGCUCUCCGCAGAAAGACACCCCCCAGGCAGGCAGCAUGACCCCCCCUUCAAGGCCCGCUUUGCUUUGGCCCCUUCCGCUCCUCCCUGAGCUGCUCCUGCCCUUGUCAAGGUUUCUGUUUUCCGUGUGUGUCCAACUCUGCUGGCUACGCCCUUUUGUUUUGGAUCAGUUGAAGUGCGUUCUAGUUCCACGUUUGCCGGAGAGGCUUUUCCUCUCUCUCUGAGCUGCGGCUGCUGCCGCCUUCCCCUCUUUCCACCUGCAGCUUCCCCAUCCCUCCCUCCUGGCCCCUUUCCUGGCCUUCACAGGUGUGCUUUCCAGGUGUCCCUGCCAGAGUCAUUGCAGCAGGAGAAGCUUCAGGAGGGGGAAAAAAUGGGAGGCAGGUUUUCAGUUUGGUCCAAGUCCUCCUCCUCUGUGGCCUUGAAAUCACCUUGUGCUCCUGGAACUGGCUGCCCUGAACAUGUCUGCAUCUUCCUGAUCUUUGGGGGACCAUCAGGCUCCAGCUGCAGGGCUGGCCGGCGGGAGGAACAGGCAGGCCACUUACCUGAGAAUUGUGGCUCCUGCCUGGGUCCUCCCUGGGAGCUGAGGCUGCUGGACCUCCUCCUCUGGAGAAAACGAGGAACCGACUCCCACUUAUUCCCCCCUCCCCUUGAUGGGCAACCAGGGCGCCUCCCUCCGAGCAAAAUCCGACUUGUGUGUAGCAUUCAGUGGGUUUUUAUACUUUUUUAAAAAAUUGAAACUUGAUUGCGUCGAAUCUUUUGGAAUUGUUCUUUUAAUUGCCUUUUUAAAUCUGGAAGGUCUUUGAAUAAAACAAAUCAAACUCUU